AUGACUUUAGGCCUGGGUUCGGUGUCUACAUGGCCACAGUCUUUGUCGAAUACCACCGUGACUCAAUCGUUCCAAGUUCAAGGUUACGAUGCCAAUGCUCUGAACGGUUUCAUUCGCUCGUCAUCACUUAAAACGUUGAUUUUAGCAGAAACGAAUCUUGUCAAUCUGAGCUAUUUAAACUGUGAGAAGUCCUUCAACUUUUCAUCUCUUUCGGACAUGUUCCUUCGAAACAAUGAGCGAUUAGAUGUUGACUCCCUCUUUCAAUGUAACGGAACCUUACACCUUCAGCAAAUCUCGAUCCGAGGAUCACACCUUCAAUCCAUCCCCUUCGGUCUCUCUCGGUUGGGCAGCUUGUUGAAAAUAGACCUCUCAAACAACAGUAUAACAACUAUCGGCGACUCGGACCUGAAAGGUCUGGUCAAUCUCGAACAACUCUUCAUAUCUCACAACCCGAUAGAGUCAAUAUCGCUCCACGCCUUCGACAACAACGUUCAUCUAAGCACCGUCCAGUUUCUCGAUACGGCUUUAUCAACGUUUCCACUCGCCGUUACCUCGCUGCAAAGCCGUCCCCUCAACCUGGCGUUUACGUACCCCAUGUACGUGCAGUGCCGAUGUGACGUCCUAUCCGAUCUUGCCCAAAUAAACGGGACGAAGACACUCAACAGGAUAUAUUGUAUAUCACAGGCAACGAUCGACGUCCCGACGGCGUUUGAUGACAUUCUUUCGAAGUGCCCAUGA